AUGGUCGCCUUAAUUCAAAAGCCAGCUCCAUCAUUCAAGAAGACUGCUGUCAUUGACGGUGUUUUCGAAGAAGUCACUUUGGAACAAUACAAGGGUAAGUGGGUUUUACUUGCCUUCAUUCCAUUGGCCUUCACCUUUGUUUGUCCAACUGAAAUUAUUGCUUACUCCGAAGCUGUCAAGAAGUUUGCUGAAAAGGAUGUUGAAGUCUUAUUCGCCUCCACUGACUCUGAAUACUCUCUUUUAGCCUGGACUAAUGUUGCCAGAAAGGACGGUGGUUUGGGUCCAAUCAACAUCCCAUUACUUGCUGACACUAACCACUCUCUUUCCAGAGACUACGGUGUUCUCUUGGAAGAAGAAGGUAUCGCUUUAAGAGGUAUUUUCUUGAUCGAUCCAAAGGGUACUUUGAGACAAAUCACCAUCAACGAUUUACCAGUUGGUAGAUCCGUUGAAGAAAGUUUAAGAUUGGUUGAAGCUUUCCAAUUCACUGAAAAGUACGGUGAAGUUUGUCCAGCUAACUGGCAACCAGGUUCUGAAACUAUUAAGCCAGAAGUUGCAUCCUCCAAGGAAUACUUUGGAAAGGUUAACAAGUAG